GCACCGAGGCGGCGAGGGCGCGCGGGGGGCUUCGGGGGUUGCUGGGCACCGUCUCCUAUCCAGCCGCCGCACCAUGGGCAGCGCGGAGGACGCAGUCAAAGAGAAACUGCUGUGGAACGUGAAAAAGGAGGUAAAGCAAAUCAUGGAGGAGGCUGUCACCAGGAAAUUUGUGCAUGAAGAUAGCAGCCACAUCAUUGCUCUGUGUGGUGCAGUGGAGGGUUGCCUCCUACAUCAGCUGAGACGCCGUGCCGCUGGCUUCCUGCGCAGUGACAAGAUGGCAGCCCUCUUCACCAAGGUGGGAAAGACUUGCCCAGUGGCUGGGGAGAUUUGCCACAAGGUACAGGAGCUGCAGCAGCAAGUAGAGGGCAGAAAACCCUCAGCGGGCAACCAAGAGGCCCUGCGGAGACAGGGCUCUGCCAGCGGGAAGGCCCCAGCCCUCAGCCUGCAGGCCUUGAAACACAUAUGGGUACGCACAGCACUGAUUGAGAAAGUGCUGGACAGGAUCAUGCAGUACCUGGUGGAGAAUUGCAGCAAAUACUACGAGAAAGAGGCGUUACUGGCAGACCGUGUGUUUGGCCCCAUCUUGGCCUCUCUUUUAGUGGGACCCUGUGCCUUGGAGUACACCAAGCUCAAGACAGCCGAUCACUACUGGACUGACCCCUCUGCUGAUGAGCUGGUCCAGAGGCACCGUAUCCGGGGUCCCCCUAAUCGCCCGGACUCCCCUGCAAAACGCCCAGCUCUAGGUAUUCGAAAGCGGCACUCGAGUGGAAGUGCAUCAGAGGACAGGCUAGCCGCCUGUGCCCGUGAGUAUGUGGAGUCCCUGCACCAGAACUCAAGGACGCGGCUGCUCUAUGGCAAGAACAAUGUGCUGGUGCAGCCGAAGGAGGACAUGGAGGCUGUCCCUGGCUACCUCUCCCUGCACCAGUCUGCAGAGAGUCUGACUCUGAAGUGGACUCCCAACCAGCUCAUGAAUGGAACUCUGGGGGACUCUGAGCUGGAAAAGAGCGUUUACUGGGACUAUGCCCUAGUGGUGCCCUUCAGUCAGAUCGUCUGCAUCCACUGCCACCAGCAAAAGAGCGGAGGCACACUCGUGCUUGUGAGCCAGGAUGGCAUCCAGAAGCCGCCACUGCACUUCCCACAGGGAGGACACCUGCUGUCCUUUCUGUCCUGCCUGGAGAAUGGGCUUCUGCCUCGAGGACAGCUGGAGCCCCCACUCUGGGCCCAACAGGGGAAGGGCAAGGUGUUCCCAAAGCUACGGAAACGCACCAGCAUGUGCUCCAUGGAUGUGGAAGAGAUGGGCACAGGGCGGGCUGCAGACUACGUGUUCCGAAUCAUUUACCCCGGCCACAGACAUGAGCACAUCACUAUUAACUACCACCACCUGGCGGCCAGCCGCGCGGCCUCGGUGGACGAUGAGGAGGAAGAGGAGGAUAGACUACACGCGAUGCUCUCAAUGAUCUGCUCGCGGAACCUCACAGCUCCCAACCCGAUGAAAGAUGCUGGUGACGUGAUUGAGAUGCAGGGCUUUGGGUCCAGCCUGCCAGCCUGGCACCUGGAGCCUGUGUGCAGCCAGGGAUCCUUCUGCCUUUCCUGUUCUACCAACAGCUCCCCAUAUACUACCCCCUGCCAUUGCAACUGUAUCCCUGACCGGUUGCCCCUCAGGCUACUGUGUGAGAGCAUGAAGAGGCAGAUCGUGUCCCGGGCCUUCUACGGCUGGCUGGCCUACUGCCGCCACCUAUCCACGGUGCGGACCCACCUGUCAGCACUGGUACAUCACAACAUCAUUCCACCUGCCCGGCCCCCGGGGGCCUCAGGGGGCCUCAACAAGGACGUGUGGAGCAAGUACCAGAAGGAUGAAAAGAACUACAAGGAGCUGGAGCUGCUGAGGCAAGUUUACUAUGGAGGUGUGGAGCAUGAGAUCCGUAAGGAUGUCUGGCCCUUUCUGCUCGGCCACUACAAGUUUGGCAUGAGCAAGAAGGAGAUGGAGCAGGUGGACUCCGCAGUGGCAGCAAGGUUCCAGCAGGUGUUGGCGGAGUGGAAGGCUUGCGAGGAGGUGGUGAGGCAGAGGGAGCGGGAUGCUCACCCAGCCACGCUCGCCAAGUUCUCCUCCGGCAGCAGCAUCGACAGCCAUGUGCAGCGCCUCCUCCACCGAGAUUCCACCAUCAGCAACGAUGUAUUUGUCUCUGUGGAUGACCUAGAGCCCCCAAGGCUCCCGGGCCCUGAGGAUGCCAGGCCAGAGGCUGAGCAGGAACUGGGAGCAGGGCCUGCGGACACCACCAUAGUGGAGCAGCAGCAGUCAGUAGAGUUUGACUCUCCAGACUCAGGACUGCCUUCCUCUCGCAAUUACUCUGUGGCCUCGGGCAUCCAGUCGAGCAUAGAUGAGGGACAGAGCUUGGGAUUCGAGGAGGAAGACGGCGGUGGGGAGGAAGGCUCCGACAGGCCAGUCCCUGCGCCCCACACUUUCUCCGAGCCCCAAGAUCCCAGCCAGGAGAAGGCCUCACAGGCCAGUGAGCUGGAGGCCAGAGAGGAACUUGCAGCUGCCUACACUAUAGAAUUACUGGACACCGUGGCCUUAAAUCUACACCGUAUAGACAAAGAUGUGCGGCGAUGUGACCGUAAUUACUGGUACUUCACGUCCCCCAACCUCGAGAGGCUCAGAAACAUCAUGUGCAGCUACGUGUGGGAACACCUGGACAUUGGUUAUGUGCAGGGCAUGUGUGACCUGCUGGCACCUCUUCUGGUCAUCCUCGACAAUGAUCAGCUGGCCUACAGCUGUUUCAGCCUCCUCAUGAAGAGGAUGAGCCAGAAUUUCCCCAAUGGGGGCGCUAUGGAUAUCCACUUCGCCAACAUGCGCUCCCUCAUUCAGAUCCUGGACUCAGAGCUGUUUGAACUGAUGCAUCAGAAUGGAGACUACACCCACUUCUAUUUCUGUUACCGCUGGUUCCUGCUGGAUUUUAAGAGAGAGCUACUCUAUGAGGAUGUGUUUGCCGUGUGGGAGGUGAUCUGGGCGGCCCGGCACAUCUCAUCGGAGCACUUUGUCCUGUUCAUCGCCCUGGCUCUGGUGGAGGCCUACCGUGAGAUUAUCCGUGACAACAACAUGGACUUCACCGACAUUAUCAAGUUCUUCAAUGUUAUCUAUGCUUCUCCCAGAACGGGCUGAGCAUCAUGACGCCCAGGAGAUCCUGCGGAUUGCCCGUGACCUUGUCCACAAGGUGCAGAUGCUCAUAGAGAACAAGUGAGGGCUGUGGCCAGAGGCAGCAGCUGGCCAGAGCCCAGCGGGGCCACCGCAGGGAGAAGUGAAGAGGCAGUUCAGCCAAGACUGCCCCGGCCCCAGUGGCCCUGCCUGCCCCACUGUGUUUUGACAAAGUGCUUGUGAGCCUGGGAUCCCACUCCGGGCAGUGAUGGCCCCACAGGGCAGGUCAGGGAUCAGGAUGCCCUCAGGGCUCAGGGAGCAGCUGCCUUGGGGGACACCUGUUGUGCUCCCCUCUCUAACACUUAGGAAUAAUCCCACUGCCACCUGCAGCCUCAGCCUGGCCUGCUCCCUGUGGCCUCUCCCGGGUCAGUCUAGGGCCCAGGCGACUACAGCCCUGGCGAGGGUCAUGUGGGCAAGGAGAUUCUGUGCUGUCCCUCUUCUGUGAGUCCUUUUGCUGGUACACCCAGCCUCAGCUGGAGCAGCCAGAACAGCUGCUGGAUUGGGUGUGUGUCCUGGGUGCAGGAGGCCUGGGCUUCCUUCCAGGCCCUCCACUGAGACUGUGAGGCAGUCAUAAGAUGCGGGCCCUGGGCAGGAGCAGCCCACUGGGUAGGAACACUGCUACCGCCUUGGUCACCUGAGGUGACCCUGUGCCCUGCCCCAGCCCAUACAGCACACCCACAUGUAUCUGCACAGUCUCUCUCUCACCAUCCUGCUCUUGCUUUAUGCAUUAAAUGCAGCCCUGAAAACUGUAUAAAUGGCGCUUUGCCAGCUGGGUGGUCUAGAAUGUGGUGGGAGCAUUUGUUCUUCGUGGGAGAAUCAGUCCCAUGCUGAUUUUUUAGGGAGGCAGUCCUGUCACAGCGCCCCUCAGGAACGGGCCCCAGAGCUGUGGGGCAGCCCACCACCUAUCCCAGGUAUCUCCUGAGUCCCUGAGGCUGGGGUGAGGACAGUGCAUGGGUCUCCCGUUUGUCCCUGAUGAGAAGCAGGGCCAGCUUUGCCUACCACAAGCUUCCCAGCAUGCUGAGGGGCCUAGAGACCCAGAAACCCCCUUGGAGGAGCCUCGCUCACUGGGGUACUAGAAAGGGCCCAGUUCUUGACACCAGGCCUAGGCACACUGUUUGCUCUGUCAUUCCUAUUUCCCUUCCACCACUGAACACAUGCAAGCUAGGCCUUGUACUGCCACAGGGGCUGGGGCCUGCCCAGCAGUCGCUAAGGUCUGGAAACCUGCAUUUGAGAAACAUGUAAAAGGCCCUAGCAGCCCCUCUACAUUCAGCAGUCUCCCCAGACCACCCCUACCCUGGGCAACACAUGGCCUCUUGGGGGCCAGCCCGCCCCAGUCAUCUGUGAGUCCUUGGCCUCCACUAAGCAUGGUGGCCAUUGUGUGCCUGCCUUAGCGACUCAGUGGUUUUGUGAGAAGCACAGUGUGUAUGUUUUUUGGCUCAGAAACUAUAAUUUUCGGUGUAACAGACCAAUAAACACAGCAUUUGGCAAUG